AUGUCGUCAUCCGUCACGGCGACGAAAGUCACCACGACACGGGGCAGCAGCGAUGCCGCCGCCGUCGACAAGAUGACCCUCUACAAGCUGGUCAUGACGCCCGUUAUCUUCGUCUCCUUCCUCGUCUCCCUCGCCUGGGUCGAUCUGCGCUACACGCUCAUGCGCUACCGCGGCCGUCAGAGCGACAGCAGACUGCCCGCGUGGCUGCACCACCUGGUCUACCGGCCCGCUCACGAGCAUGACGGGGGGAAACCCCCGAGCGCGGCAGGAGGCGGUCGUGGCCAGACGACGGGCGGGUACUACCGCACGAAGCAGAAGAAGCUGGCCAAGAUGGAAAUGGCCGAUGCUUUUGAGAUCCGCACCCACGUCGCCGCCGCCCUGGCUGCCCUUGUCGCCGUCGCCGCGUGGACGAGCGUGUCGCUUCUGCGCUGGGUCUGGACGUCUGUGGCUGUCUGA